AGGUCGUCCCAUAUCAUCGAGGAGAGUUUGGAUAAUGCCCCCACCACUAUCAAGUUGGAUUCCCCGGCAUCUCCAAUUCUACUCACUCGUCACUCUUAUCUUGGCUUUUGAAAUAUCCAUACGUUAAAUGAUUUUCUCUUGUAAAUUGUAAUUUUGUCUUAUAUGAAAUAAAUUGAAUUAAAACUAAGUGCAUAGCAAACUAUUAUACUCUCACCGAAAACGGCCACGAGUUCUGGGAUUUUAUUAAUUAGAAUCUACUUACUUACAAAGGUGAGAACGUAACAAUUCUGGCCACGAGUUCUGGGAUUUUAUUAAUUAGAAUCUACUUACUUACAAAGGUGAGAACGUAACAAUUCUGGCGAACGAGCGAUGUCGGAACAAACUGAACUCCUACAAGCUAUGCUGGCGAUCCUGGAAGAGAUGAGGUCCCAACGUACCGACGUGAAACCGUCGCAUCCAUCUGAGGUUGCGUUGGAGGCUCUGUCACGCAGCAUCACGCCGUUCACGCAUGCUCCUGAACAGAACCUAACGUUCGAUACCUGGUUCGAGCGUUACAAGCACACCUUCCUGGAGGAUGGCAAGAACCUAGACGACGCUUCGAGAGUACGUCUCCUCCUCAGGCGUCUGGAUGCUGUCUCCUACGAGAAGUACUCUAGCAAUCUCUUGCCACGCAAUCCAGCAGAGCUCACGUUCGUUGAAACUGUCGAGAUUCUUACGAAGCUCUUUGGCAGGGGAGAGUCGCUUUUCUGCACCCGCAGGAAGUGUCUUCAGCUGGUCAUCCGUGAUUCUGACGAUCUGACUACACACGCAGGCAUUGUCAAUCGUCAAUGUGAGGCUUCACGCCUUACUGAGUGUACUCCCGACCAUUUUAAGUCACUCAUCUUCGUCCUCAGUCUCCAGAGCGAGAAGUACGUUCUCGUCCGGGAACAAUUGCUCACGAAGUUCGAGACGGAACCACCGGAGAAGAUCACACUGGAUUUCAUGCUGGAGGAAGCCAGACGUCUUCUGAACAUCAAGAGUGACUCAAAAGUUGAUUCUGGAGCUGCCAACGUGAAUGCUCUCCGGAAGUCAUUUCCCGCCAAAAAGGAGCGUCCGCCACGCCCGUGUUAUCUUUGUGGGUCAAUGCAUUUUGUACGGGACUGCCCACAUACCGCUACCAAGUGUGCCGAUUGCCACAAAAUUGGCCAUAAGACUGGGUAUUGUCCCCCAGCGAAAGAUAACGAUGACCGUGAAUCUCACAGACAGAAAGGCAAUUCUCAGCGCAACAAUUUUACACACAAGAGACAAAAGCCAAGGGGCAAGAAGCCGGCAAAAAUGAAUGCCAUUUUCUCCAAUAAACGUUUUGGGAGAAAAUAUCUUUCUGCCCGAAUCAACGAUCAUCCGGUUGAAUUUCAAUUGGAUUGCGCCGCUGAUCUCUCCAUGAUUUCGAGGGAUACUUGGGUGGCUAUCGGACGCCCACCACUCACGGCAUCCACCAUCACCGUCAGAGAUGCACAGGCAGGAGAAAUUCCAGUCGAAGGCGAAUUUCAAUGUCGCAUCACACUUCUGGGCAAGGAAAUUUGUGGAAGAUGCAUCGUAUCCAGCAGUACGCACUCCAAUCUCUUUGGAAUUGAGUGGAUAGAGGACUUAGGUUUGUGGGAUUUGGCUCCAAGUGCUUUCUGCAACACUGUGAAACGCGAUCUCGACACUACGCAGGCUGUCCGGGAACUUCAGGCCAAGUUUCCCAUCGUGUUCAGUCCAGAAAUGGGGCUCUGUACUGAAGCUUCAGGCACUAUCCAUCUCAAGAGCGACGCCACGCCGAUUUUCCGACCCAAACGCCCAGUAGCUUUCCACAUGGCAAGCAUCAUUGAUGAGGAACUUGAGCGUCUACAAUCUUCCGGAAUCAUCACACCGGUUGAAUUCUCUCAAUGGGCAGCGCCAAUCGUAGUCGCACGCAAACCAAAUGGCAAGAUCAGGAUUUGUGGUGAUUAUUCCACCGGUCUGAAUGAAUCCGUGGAAACCAACAACUACCCAAUCCCGGAUCCGGAUAGUCUGUUCAGCCGUCUAUCUGGAAAUAAGAUCUUUAGUCACGUUGAUCUCUCGGAUGCCUACCUUCAAAUACCUGUCGACGAAGAGUCAUCGAAGUUGCUCACGAUCCACACCCACCGUGGAUUAUUUCGCUUCAAUCGUCUGCCUCCGGGAAUCCGCAGCGCGCCAGGAAUUUUCCAGGAGAUCGUCGAACGGAUGUUGCAAGGCAUCCCGGGUGUCAUUUCGUAUUUCGAUGACAUCUGUGUGGCCAGCACGAAUGCUGAAGAACAUUUUUCCACGCUGCAAGCUGUUUUCCAGCGCCUGCAGGACUUCAAUUUUCGCGUCAAACUGGAAAAAUGUAAGUUCUUUGCGAAAGAGAUCAAAUUUCUUGGUAUCGUUGCAGACCAAGAAGGGCUCCAUCCUGACCCUGCAAAAGUUGAGGCCAUCAACAAUAUGCCCGCGCCACGAAACGUACAGGAACUCCGCAGCUUCCUUGGUGCUGUGCAAUUUUGGGGUAAAUUUGUGGAUUCCAUGAGCCAUAUUCGUGUACCCCUUGAUCGCCUCCUCAAGAAGAAUGUCCGUUGGAAUUGGUCACGGGAAUGCGAAAACUCUUUCCAGCGCUUCAAGGAGAUUCUCAAGUCUGACUUGCUCCUGACGCAUUACAACCCGAAACUGCCGAUACUUGUUGCCUCUGACGCGUCGUCCUACGCCAUCGGAUGUGUUGCGUACCAUGAGUUCCCUGAUGGUAGUCUCAAAGCCUUCUAUCAUGCGUCCCGGAAGCUUACUGACACUGAGGCAAAGUACAGUCAGGUGGAAAAAGAGGGUCUUGGAUUAACAUUCGCUGUGAAAAAGUUUCAUAGAUUCAUCUAUGGUCGCAAAUUUACCUUGCUUACCGAUCACAAACCGCUGGUCUCCAUCUUCGGAAGCAAGAAAGGCAUCCCCGUGCACACGGCGAAUAGACUCCAACGAUGGGCAUUGAUCCUCCUUGGCUACGAAUUCGACAUCAAGUACACAGCCACUGGACAAUUUGGGCAUGCAGACGUGCUCUCUCGACUCAUUUCUUCGCAACGCCGUCGCCAAGAAGAUGAGGUUAUCAUAGCCCUGAUCGACGCAGAUAUUUCCAUCGAUAGCGAAAUUGCACGAGACGUAGCAUCUCAUCUCCCUGUCGACUUCAAGAUGAUUCAACGCGCUUCACAGACGUCGCCCGCUCUACAAGAAGUUGCGAGAUACAUCACUGGAGGAUGGCCGUCGUCACGGAACGUCAUACAAUCUGGGGAAGUAUCAAAAUUCUAUAAGAUUCGUGAUGCUCUCUCGUUGAUCAAGGGUUGUGUAUUUUACAGGGAGAGGCUGGUGAUUCCUGAGGCUUUCCGGACAAAAGUACUGACGCAACUGCAUGAGGCUCACCCAGGCAUGGCUCGAAUGAAAUCCUUAGCCAGAGGAUAUGUGUUUUGGCCUGGGAUGGACAGCGCUAUCGAGCAUCGUGUCCGGAAUUGCCAGGAAUGUGCCACCGCCAGCAAAACUCCCGUAAAAGCACACCUUGCGUCAUGGCCAUUAACUUCGCGAUGCUGGCAACGCAUUCAUAUCGACUACGCGAAGUACAAAAACGAUUAUUACCUUCUCAUUGUGGAUGCAUUCUCCAAAUGGCCCGAAGUUUACAAAACAUCGUCGAUGACUACUGCUGUCACCGUUGCGAAGCUCCGUGAGUGUUUUGCUCGCCAUGGACUACCGGAGAUUCUCGUGAGCGACAACGGGACCCAGUUCACGAACGCAGCCUUCGCGGACUACUGCAAGCAGAAUGGUAUCAAACACAUUAGAACUGCGCCCUAUUCUCCGGCCAGCAAUGGCCAAUGUGAGCGUUUUGUCGACACGCUUAAGCGCUCCUUGGAGAAACAGAAAUCCUUACCUGUGGACGUUGCACUUCAGCAAUUUUUGGCAAAUUAUCGUGCCACCCCGAAUGAAAAUUCUCCUCAAGGAAAAUCCCCAUCGGAGGUGAUCGGCGGAGGUACGCCAAAAUAUUCGCGCAAGGAGGCAUGAAAUUCACUUGGACACCUGGAAAAAUUAUUGAGAGACGAGGUUCAGCUGUCUACAAUGUGAGGUUAUGUAAUGGCACACUUAUACGCUCUCACAUCAACCAGUUGAAGCGCAGAUUCUCCGAUGAGAAUAGAGACUCUGGCUCUCUGCCGCUCCCAACAACUUCUCGCAACUCUCACCAAUACAACACGCGAUCCCAUUCACGACAAAUUCAGUCUCCCGCUACGCAACACACUCCAUUGAGACCGAAGACUGAACGGCUUUCGGAUCCGAUCGUGAUAUCGUCGGAAUCUUCGUACGGCACAUUGAGUAACGCGGAUGAAUCUCUAUUGAGUCCAGUGAGAGAAAUUCAUUCACAAUCUGAUUCUCCUGGAACUCCAUUGAACGCCGUAUCCGACUCUCAAGGAGCUGUUGGCCUAGCCCUCACUCCACGUACACCAGAUGCACCGACACAACGACCACCUUCACAGACACCGAUCUACCGUAGAAUGCGCACGCGACGAAAUGUACAGAAGCGUCUUAGCGAUCACUACUGAGAAAAACGUCUCCACGUUUCAUCGAAGGGGGGAGGUGUUAGAGGUCGUCCCAUAUCAUCGAGGAGAGUUUGGAUAAUGCCCCCACCACUAUCAAGUUGGAUUCCCCGGCAUCUCCAA